AUGUCCAAGAUCGCAUCUACCUUUUCGCGCCUGGUGCGCUUCGUCCCUAGAUCCAACCCUGCCAAGGUUCUCAUCGGCGAACCGAUCGAUCCGCACCUAGAUGUCGGAUUAGCUGUGUACCAGGGCAAGGAUGUCCCGGUGCGCCCAUUUUCGGGCUCGUCCAUGUUGAACCCGGGUUCCAUCACCAAUUCGACCGAGUCAAUUGCUCGCAUUCUUUCUCCUCUCGCGCAGACCGAGGUCGGAACGAUUCGCUGCAUUGGGUUGAACUAUGCUUCACACGCAAAGGAAAUGUCCCUACCCCUCCCGGAUGUGCCUACCCUCUUCAUGAAGCCCUCAACCUCACUAGCCGAUCCCUGGCCUGCGCCUACGGUCCUCCCAAAGCUCACCCAGAAAGACAACACCGGUGACUACGAGUCGGAAAUGGUUAUCGUCCUAGGUCGUGAUGCCAAGGAUGUGCCAGAGUCCGAGGCCCUUAGCUAUGUGCUCGGAUACACCGCGGCGAAUGACGUGUCCAGCCGAACAUCACAGACGAACCAGAGCCAAUGGUCCUUUUCGAAAGGCUUCGAUGGCGCAUGUCCGAUCGGUCCCGUGCUCGUGUCCGCUGCUCUAAUGCCGGAUGUUAGCAAGUUUCAGAUUCGCGGUCUAAAGAGUGGUCGUGUUAUGCAGGAUUGCCAGCUUACGGAUCUGAUCUUCUCUGUCCCACAGUUGAUUAGCUUCUUAUCGCAGGGUACAACCCUGCCCGCCGGAACUCUCAUCCUUACUGGUACCCCGCCUGGAGUAGGUGCGGCUAAGAACCCGAAAGAGUUCAUCAAGGCAGGGGACGAAUUUGCUGUUGAGCUUUUGCCUUAUGUGGGCACACUCAUCAACAAGAUUGAGCAUCAGUAA